AGUUUAGAUAGUCCAAUCCGCGUUAAACAGUCAGGAAACGGUCAACGAAUGAAAACGCCAGACAGCUUGUUGGACUGUUCCCACGUCCAAUGGUUUGAGCGGUAGUAAUAACAGUCCGUGGUGGCGAACACACUAGAAGCUGGGACAGUGGCAGGCAGCACUUAAUGGAGUGGACGGAGGCGACAUAGGCUGGUGCCACAGCUCCCACACCUCGGGGGACACACGUAAUCGAUCCCAUGAGAUAUCCACCGGACAUUACGACGCUCCAGUACUCGGGAUUUACUGGAUAAAACCACCAAUAAUAAGAAUGAACACUUCGCCUUAGGUUUGAAUGAGAGCACCGGGAUAUUUAUACACAUAUAUCCACACACACUGAAGAGGAGAAAGGGCCAUGCACUGACACCCAGUCGCUUUGUAGUCAACGUCGUCGCUGUGGAUGUGCAUUGGUCGGUCCGCGGGUGCGUGCGUGUGCUUCCAGUUGCUCCUCAUCUGAGCAUGGACUGACCAAAUCCCUAUCUGGAUGAUUUGAUGGGGCUACUCAGAGUCAUGAUGCCGCCCAAGUUGCAGCUUCUGGCGCUGCUGGCGUUCGCAGUGGCCAUGUUCUUUCUGGAGAAUCAGAUCCAGAAGCUGGAAGAGUCUCGGGGAAAGCUGGAGCGAGCUAUUGCCAGACACGAGGUACGAGAGAUCGAGCAGCGCCACGCGCAGGACGGCCUGCGGGAGCGGGAGUCGUCAUCGGCGGCCGACGGCGACGACGACCUGGUCAUCAUUUACAACCGAGUGCCCAAGACGGCCAGCACUUCAUUCACCAACAUCGCCUACGACCUGUGUGGGAAGAACCACUUCCACGUCCUUCACAUCAACACCACCAAGAACAACCCGGUCAUGUCCAUCCAGGACCAGGUACGGUUUGUUAAGAACGUGACCGAGUGGAAAGAAAUGAAGCCGGCCUUUUACCAUGGACACGUCUCUUUCCUGGACUUUGCCAAGUUCGGGGUGAAGAGAAAGCCCAUCUACAUCAACGUGAUCCGGGACCCCAUCGAAAGAUUGGUGUCCUAUUAUUACUUUCUACGUUUCGGGGAUGAUUACCGGCCUGGGCUGAGACGGAGGAAACAAGGAGACAAGAAGACCUUCGAUGAAUGUGUAGCAGCCGGCGGCUCAGACUGCGCCCCGGAGAAGCUUUGGCUCCAGAUCCCGUUUUUCUGCGGCCACUACUCUGAAUGCUGGAUUGUUGGCAGCCAGUGGGCGCUGGAGCAGGCCAAAUACAACCUGGUGAAUGAGUACCUGUUGGUGGGCGUAACAGAAGAGCUGGAGGACUUCGUCAUGAUGCUGGAGGCCGCGCUGCCGCAGUUCUUCAGAGGAGCCACGGAGCUUUACAAAACAGGAAAGAAGUCCCACCUGAGGAAGACCAGCGAAAAGAAGCCGCCCACCAAGGAGUCUAUCGCCAAGCUGCAGCAGUCGUCCAUUUGGAAGAUGGAGAACGAGUUUUACGAGUUUGCGCUGGAACAGUUCCAGUUCGUCAGAGCGCACGCCGUCAGAGAGAAAGACGGGGAACUCUACGUGCUGGCGCAGAACUUCUUCUACGAGAAGAUCUACCCCAAGAACUAGAGAGACACAGAGGAAUGUGAAGGCUUUUACAGAAGAUCAAGAAAACUGGUACGAGGCUGAGACGGGACUACGGGUGACUGCUUCUUCUCUCGACGUGGAGCUGUGAGAAGACGCCGUCACAUUAGACCAGUGAACUGGACGAAGGGGCCGUGUUUUCCCCAAAUCACCCGGGCCUCCAGUCCUUUUUCACUCCGAGGUCAAAGGUCAAAGGGGCCUCUUUUGGCGGCAGCGCUGAGAGACGUCCACUCCUGACUGGCUUCAGUAUUCUGUCAUCCUUUCUCGCACCAGGUGUAUUUUAUUGCAUUUUAAUCCUUAACAAUAGUUUCUCUUUGUAUUUAAAGACAGUGUGACAUUUGAACCUGAGAGGACGAUCCCCAAACCCCAACACCGCUACUAACCUUAGAGGUUUUAAAAGUAAAAAUCUGACUACUGUGCUGUAUCGUUGAACUAACCUGCAAGACUAGGUUUUACUAAAAAAAAAAAAAACACUAUGGCCAUGGACUGCUUUCUGGAACGUGUGUAUAUGUUUUGUAUCGUAUUGGACGGGUUUUUGUUAGAUAACUCUUGUACACGUGCAUCUUUUCCCAGGGUCUCCUGGGUAACACGGAUGACUGACCUGAAGCUUUGGGUGAAGAAACUGCUGCUGUAAAUACUUGGAACUGAACUGUUUCCUCUGUUAACACACGUUUUUCAAGUCACCUCGGGCAUUAUUAUCACUGUGUACAUGUUACGGAACUUUUUAACUAUUGUUUUCGGUUAAAUGACAAAUAACAUACCAUAUUUUUGCCAACUAGGAUUUUUUUUUCACAUUUACUCCAAACCCUGCCACCAAAUCUAAAAAUACAUUUUGCUUCUAGGUUCAUCCAGUGCCCCCUAGGUGGCGCCACUGCUCUAAUUUGGUCUUACCAUCAUCUAAUGUGUACACUGCCCACAAUGUUGUCUUUCAUAUUAUAUUUUUUUUCAUCCACAGCCACCUGAAAAAAAAAGAAAUCCCUGCAGAUUUAAACAAUUACUUUAAUAUGAUGCAAUGUUUUUUUUCUUCAAGAAACUCUUUCAUACUCCACCUUUACAUACUAACAUCGCAGCUACAAAUAAAUCUGCAUUUUUAUUGUACUAUCAUGAUUGUUUUAGGUGAAAUGGUUCAUAUCACACAUUUCUCUGUAUUUUGCCAUAUCUCAAAGUGUUCUUAGGUUGGCCAGAGAUACUACUGCUGUUGUCUCCUGUACGCCCUGCACCACUUAAAUAUAUACUUAGAGGGAUUGAAAUGAUUUGAUCGUGUCCACAGCCACAGCCAAAACCUAACUUAUUUUUAAAAGCUUACCUUUCAGCAGUUGACAUCAUAAAUACUGAUGUGGUUCCUUAAAUCAAUAAUUCAAUUUUAUUUUUUUUUCCCAUGUUUUUGUUUUUCUGAAAGAGUUGGAUUGUUUGUUGUCUUUUGGGUUCCUGUCACAACGGUACGUCAUGUUGAAUGUUACAUACUGUGAAGGCAACUCUACUUGUCUUUCACACGACAGUGUUUUUCAGGAACAUGUGAAAUGGUACUACUUUUAAUGUGAGGACAUACUGUAGUUUACCUCUCAGUCUUUGUGUGCCUUCUCUACACCCGAUUUACAUAUUAUAAGAUAAGUCUUUGUUGAUUUUUGUUCAAUGGAAACAAAGGUUUGUUUUUCGGUUUCAAUUGUUUUGGAUUGCCAAACAAAUACACAUGACAUUGGAAAAAUACAGUGUGUGCAAACAGGUGUGUGUGUAAGUGUGUAUGAGAUUCUUUUUUCAACGCACUCGUGCUCAUCCUCAGGCUGGAGGCAGAUGGAGCAACGUGCAACUUGCUAUGUAUCCAGUAGAGGGCGAUAAAGAGCUAUAAAGUCUC